AUGAACGCUUCAACACCCGUUAUUGACACGAGAUGCGCGAUGUGCGAGGUCGACGGGCUUCCCGAGGGCCAGGGAGAAGCACGCGUGGGUGGUACCGAUGAUGGAAAUGCAAACGAUGGCUGUGGAGACGACGCGACCUUGAACGGAACUCUCAACGCCUUCAGUAUACACGGUGAACGCACCGGUGCACCGUCCGUGAAGGAUGAGAAACAAUCGCCCGCCACCGCAGAAGAAAGGCCCGUUCUACUGAAGGGAUGGAAGCUGGAAAGCGAGGCCGAAUAUGCCAGGCGGAUCGGGAGAGACGUGAGAGAGGUGAAGGAAGAGAUGCUCCGGAAAUUCGAGGAGUCACUCGCUAACAAAGACAAUAACCUGCCUAGCGGCUUCCAGCUGCCCGUCGUCUUCCGGCCUUCGCCGGCUAGCCAGCCGCGAGACUCGCAGAUACCAGCGAUCGCAACGGGAGACCAUGGUGUAGAGCAGUGUCGGUUGGCUGAAGGGAAUGAAGACGACGACUAUGAGUCCGUGUCCGACGAUGAGAGCGUGGAUCUCGAAUACGACGAGGUCAUCUCGCCCGAGGAGGCCCAAGAGGAUAUUAACGGGACCAACAGGCGCGGGAGGGUACGAUAUACGCGACGCUCUAUCGGAAAUAAGCAGGGAAUCUCACCGCUCCCUACGCCGGAGUCUGGUUACCUGGCAGACCGAACCGUCUCGAGGGAAUGGAUGGCGACAUUCGACGUGGACGCGGAUACUACCCUUCCGAGCUUAACCACGUAUAUCCGGAUUUUGGAAGCGUGCGAAGCCCGCAGGCGGUGA